CGGCUGUCAUGGGAAGUUCUAUUCAAGAUUCCACUGCUCUCAAGGUUUGACGAUCGAUUCACCAGUCGAAGCUCAACAGCUUCCAUUGAUGCCGCCUCCUCCUUGGGCGCCUAGAGUGUUCCACAGGCCGGUUCCCUCCCUCGCUGAUUUUCUUUAUCCUUCUCGUUGGUCCCCUCUUACGAGUUCCCACGCUGGGCAGUACAACGGGACCGACAGGACUUGGGAGGCAUGAGGUGUAGCUUCCGGCUUGUCGCAGAGCUGUUACCAUGCAUACUUUUACGAUACUGGCAACGAGCCUUCCACUGUAUCUCUACCGGGGUCGCCACAACUCCCUUUUGGCCAUUGACUUUUUCCGACCAUAUCAUCAAAAUGAAAGACUCCCUGGUUGCGAAGUUGCCAAAUGGCCAUGCCUUUAGCUUCCAGCAUUCUUUUCCCGCCUUCGCGCCCACCCCACCGAUAUUGAAGAGCGAACUUCAGAGUCCACCAUGUGGCAGUCGGGCAGCAUGUUUGGCUGCAGUGGCAUGGCAAUUGGACUCUGUAAGGAGUGAUACGGUUCGCAAGGAAUUUUCAGAAUCGCGCAACUCGACAACUUGCAGUCCGCCACUCGUUGUGGUGGGAUAGAGGGUGUAGCUAAUACAGCACAUUAGCGGCCAUCAUCUGUGAUACCCUGUUCUCUUCUCUUAAUUUUGGCGUCUUUUGAGUCCUUUUGUGCGUAGGCAGAAGCUCUGCUUUACCGUUGCGCAGCAUAACCUCUAUAGGUUGG